GAGACAGCUCAUGCCAACACAGGCCUCAGCCAAGCUUUUAUCCAAAUAAAAAGCCUCCACCGCCUUGCACCACCACCGCACAUAUUUCACUCUUCUUCUUCUUUCUUCCAUCACCAAACAUGGCAUCUUCUCUUGCACUCAUUCUUCUUGCCCUCACUCCCAUUCUUUUUCUCCUUACUCCUAGGGCGGAAGCUCAAUCCGCGCCCGCGCCGGCUCCCGCCGGCCCCCUGAACCUCACCGCCAUCCUCGACAAAGGUGGCCAAUAUGCCACCCUCAUCCGCCUUCUCAAAGAUACCCAACAGAUGCAACAACUCCAAUCCCAGCUCAACUCCACUUCUGAGGGCUUUACCGUCUUCGCUCCCACCGACAAUGCCUUCCGCAACCUCAAGUCCGGCGCCAUCAAUGACCUCACUGACCAGGAGAAAGUCCAGCUCAUUCUCUACCACGUUACACCCAAGUAUUAUUCCCUAAAUGACCUUCUCACCGUUAGCAACCCCGUCAGGACCCAAGCUUCCGGCAGCAAAGGAAGCUGGGGGCUUAAUUUCGCCGGCCAGGGGAACCAGGUCAAUGUGUCUACCGGAGUGGUGGAGACAGCUAUUAAUAACGCGUUGAGGCAGAGUUUCCCUCUUGCGGUUUAUCAGGUGGACUCGGUGUUGCUCCCCGAGGAGCUUUUCGGAGUUAAGUCUGGGGCUCCAGCUGCAUCGCCGAAGGCGUCUAAGUCUCCGGCGACAAAGAGUGAAAGCAGCGACGACGGUUCGGCUCCGUCGUCGACUUCAGCUUCGUCGGAGGAUAAGAAUGGCGCAAUUGGAAGGAAUCUGGGCAUGGGUUCGGUUGUUGGGCUUGGGUUGAUUUGCAUGGCUGCCCUGUUUUGAGCAAAAAGCAAGAAAGAUGAAGAUGGGAACUCGCGUUCUUUAUUUCACGAGAAUCUUUUAUCUUUCAUUUCCUACCGUGAUUUCUUCUUCUGUUCUAUUCUUCCUUCUUUUUGUAUAAUAAGUUCUUCCAUUUGAUUCCUGGGUGAUUUAAAAAGGGGCUAUUUUGGGGGCCUUGGCACAUGUACAUCUACGCCGAGCAUUGGUCUUUGUAUUUAAUUUACUGCUUCUGUUUGUACCUGGUUUGAUUAUACCGCGAAUAUUUGGUCCCAAGUAGAAAAAAGAUUCUGCAGAUAUCUAUCGUGUU